CGUCUGGCGGCGAGGGCCAUUAAUUAUAAGAGACAGGGAGACAGACAGCUAAGCAGACAGACAGACAGACAGUACUGCAGAGAGAGAGAGAGAGAGGGAGAGAGAGCAGACAGACAGGCCUGUGACAGAGGAGAGCAGGCCAGGCCCUCGACUCGACACAUACAAAGAAAAAAAAAGGAGGAAGAGAUCAGCACGCACGGCCAAGAGAAACUAAUCCUCCUCUGUGUAGAGACUACAGCUCCCAGCACCGCCUCCUUCUAGUCCUGCCAGCAGACUAUGAGUAAAUACACUCAGGCAUAAUAACCCUUUGUCAUAAGAGAAAGAAAACGCGAUUUUUUGGCGACGGUAGAUAAAUAAUUGAAAAAAAAAAUGCGGCUGUCCGACUGCGCAUCCCUGGGAGUGAAUAGGGAAUUGCUGCGCCAGUGUCCCGGCUGAGAGACGGAGAGCUGUUUCUUUACCCAACAUCCAACAUCCAACAUAAGCUCCCUGAGCUGUUCACCCCUCCACCACCGUGUCAUUUUACACAAUACCGCUGCCACUGCCAACAAAAAUCAUCCUUUCAAACAUGUGCGCAGGGAGACAGAGUAAAAGUUGUGUGUUGGCCAAUGCGCCCCUGCGUCGGUCCCAUCCUGCAGAAGCAUGUCCCGUCGGAAACAGAAACGACCCCAGCAGCUUAUGAACCUGACCCUCGGUGACUGUCGGAUACUUGAGCAUGAUGACCACUUGGCAGUGAAGUCAAACUCCUCUCCAUUUAUCCUGGAUUCUCCCUCGUGCUCUCCAUCGUCCUCUCUUCAAAGCUCCCAGCUGCCCCUCGCUCUCAGUUCAUCUCUCAAGGGCUCUCCGACCCCCUCUUUACCCACUGAGGAUCCACCGAUAUCCUGCUCACACGGCCAGUCCCUCAAAGACCCACAGCGCUCCCUCUCUCCUGACUUCCCUUACUCCCCUCUCUCUUCCCAAACUCAACCUCCAACUGCCCUUCAACUGUCUGGUUGCAAUCCUACGUCUUCUGCAAGUGCCCUAAUCCACCCCUCCCGAAGCGCACACAUGGCCUCUCCCAAGUUGGGGCUGUCAGCCACCACCACCACCUCUUCUUCCUCCUCAUCGUCCUCUGCCUCCCUAUGUCCUCCACCGCACCCCGGAAGCCCCAGCCGUGUGCCCGAGGGCCCCCCAAGUCCUGUUACUCCCACUCCCAGCCCAGGAGUGACAUCUGCCUCAGCUGCACCCUCUAGGGCCCAACUGAGCAUUGCCCUGAUCCUGGAGGAGCUCCGGGUGCUUCAGCAAAGGCAGAUCCAUCAGAUGCAGAUAACAGAGGAGAUAUGUAGACAGGUGCUACGCCUCGGCGGAGCCUCCUAUACCAUAGACACACCCUCCCAGCAUCUCCUCCCUCCCCUGCCUCAGCUCUGCCUCGAAGGCAGCAAAAGGGCAGCAAGCCCAACUAUCGCAACUACUGCAUCUCAGCCUUCCACCUCUGUUGCUCCUCUCCUGGCUUGUUUCUCCUCCCUGCUCCCUUCUCAGGCAGCCAACAAACCCACAAAGCCAAGCAGUUCAUUGUCUCAAAUCCUGCAGCCCCACAAGCCCCAGAUGGAAGGGACGGGAGGGACUGCAGGGGCUCAUGGUUAUCUGAGGGUGAGUUCUCGGUCCUCAGCUCCCUCCACCUCUUCCUCUGCCGCCAUCUCCAUGGCUUCCUCCAACUAUCCGCUAGCUUUGUCUUUAGCUCUGCCCAACCGCUAUCUUCAUGAGAAAUCUCCAAAUACCACUUCAGUGAGUGGGCACAGUGGCCUGUCCUUCCUAAACUCAGCCCUCCCCACAUCAGUAUCUAUGGUCCAAAACUCCCAAAAUGCUCUGCAAUCUUUCUCUGGAGGAGCAGACUCUUCCUCUGCAUCCAGCUCCUCCAAUAUUGGCCGCCUCCAACAUGCCUGCCGCUUUUGUGGAAAAAUGUUCAGCAGUGACUCCUCCCUACAGAUACAUCUACGCUCGCACACAGGGGAACGACCCUACCAGUGUCCAGUAUGCCUCAGCCGCUUUACCACACGAGGCAACCUCAAGGUGCACUUCCUGCGUCAUCGUGAACAAAACCCAGAGCUCUCACUUUCACUCCUGCCGCCUUCUUUGUUUGGGGUUGCAUUAGGGGCCACUGGGGGAUCAGAAAUGGGACAGACCAUGAGCAGUGGUAGCAGUACUAGUGGCAUGAGUAUGAUACAGAAGAAUCCAAAAAGCAGGUCUGAGGAUGAAACAUGUGGAGAUAACAAGGAGGUCAGUGGUACCAACACUGGCUUUUCUCUGGGAGCCUCUGGAGGAUCUACCCCUUCUACCCUACCCCUGCCCCCUAGUGUAGACCUGGCUUUGAUUUCCCACUCUCUCCUGCAGCUCAAUAGGGCCGCAGCGGUAGCAGCUGCAGCCGCUAUCACCUCGGGCUCGUCCCACUCGUCUUCCUCCUCUUCAACCUCCACCUCUUCUCUGGCUACUUCCCUCCUCACCAAUCCUUCCUUGUCAUCGUCUUCCACCAUCACAGGGUUAUUCAAGGGUGCCAAGCAGCAGCACUUUGAUGAGAACACUCCCCCUCACGCCCCAAUGCUUUCUCCUGCUGCCUACUCCCAGCUAGCCCACCUGCCUAAGCUCCUUUUCCCAUCUGUCUCCACUUCUUCCUCUACCCCUACUGCACACUCAUCCCUCUACAACCAUCCAGCCUUGGGCUUGCUACGCACCCAACUACCCUCUACUCCAGGCUCCCACCAACUUGCUUCUUCCAGCCAUUCUCAGCUUUCUUUCCCUUUCUCUUCAUUUCCUAAAGUCCCAGGUCCAUCCACCACCACUCCAUCCUCCCUCCCUUCCUCCAUGGCUACCUCCACUCCUACAUCUGAAACCUCCAAGCUGCAGAGGCUGGUGGAGAAGCUGGAGAAGGCGCCCCGCUCCUCUUCUCCAUGGACUUCUGCCUGUACUUCCGCCUCCAUGCUGGAGAUGUUAUCUAACAGUGCCACUACCUCUUCAAGUUUAGCCAACAGUCGUUUCACAAAUGCCAGCACUUCGACCACAUAUGUCAUGGCGUCCCCACCAUCUUCGACUCGUGCUUCCACUUCUGUUUCAAACUUCACCCAUGAGAUGGUUGCUGCCCUAGGCAUGAGUGCCAAUGGAGCGAAUGCCAUGGCGGGGGGCUUGCUACCAUCACUAGGCAUCACAGGUCCAGCUGGUAACCUGACAACCAAUCAGUGUGGGGUGUGUUUACGGGUGUUAAGCUGUCCCAGAGCACUGCGUCUGCACCAGGCUACACACCUUGGAGAACGCCCUUUUCCAUGUAAGAUAUGUGGCAGAUCCUUCUCUACCAAAGGCAGCCUGCGGUCACAUCUGGCCACCCAUCAUGCCCGACCACCCAAUGCACGUGUCCAAAACUCUUGCCCACUGUGCCAGCGUAAGUUCACUAAUGCCCUAGUGCUCCAGCACCACAUCCGUAUGCACCUUGGUGGACAGUUGCCCACAGAUGGCACAGAGGCUUCUGCACAUGAGAUGCCAGCUGAAUCUAAUGCCAAACCCUUGUCACAAUCUCAAUCCCAGUCCACUGACCCAAAUACCCUCUCUAGUAAAACACCUCCUCUAGCAGGCCACUCAAAGAGCCCAGCCCCAAGCUCACAAUUUCAAACUCCAGCAGUUGGCUCGGCUCCUGUACCUGGCAGUACGAAAUCAGUUGAGAUCACCAAAAAUCCCAACAAGUCUGAGUCCUCCAGUCCAGACCUCAUCCCCCCCUCUGACCUUAGCCCUGACCCCUUCAUGAAUCCCAACACACAAACUCCGCCACCAGGCAGUGUGGAGCCCCCUCUCCUUUGCGUCAGUGCCCCCUUGCCAGCCUCCCAGCAGACAGAUCAAGUUUCCCCAGUCGGCAAAGACAACCAAGUUGAACAACAAGCUACUGCCGAUGUCCAUCCUCCUAAAUCCACCCCCUCACCAGUUUCCUCCACUGUUACCAAAACCGCUGUGUCAUCUAAUGCUAUGGUAGUGGACUGUGGAGAGGAUGCAGCAUCUACCUCCUCCGAUGCCUUCCUUGGCUCCAGAUCAAACCUGGAGGACUUACAAAGCACACCUGUCCUUGGUGACCCCUUUGCUUACACCUGUCCCAGUACCUCCUCUGACCCCAUCCAGAGUCAAGAUGUUCCUGAUAUUAUUGCAACACCAACCUUGGAAUCCGAGUCAGUCUCCCCAAGGCCCAAAUCACCAGAACCCAUGGAAGAAGACAAAGAUCAGUCUUCUCCACCAGCAACACCAAAGCAAGACCAAGCAACUGUGCCUGACGAGGACCCCGACAAGACGUCCAAUUUGGACACUGCUGACACUAUUGGUGCUGAAGUAAUGGGUGCAUCACAGAGAGCUGCCCCUUUUGUAAGGGAGACACGUCAAAGCUUUCAUUUUGGGUCGUAUGGGAGGGAAGACCGGGCGGAAGAUGCUAAGAUUAGCGGAUUGGCUCCAAUUGAAGCACUGGAUGGUUCUGUCCCCAUCAACCUCGCCCCAACCCUCCCAUCUCCGAUGUCUCGUCCUGAGAAGAAGACCUAUUCCUGCGCUGAGUGUGGAAAAGAGUAUGCAAGUCGCAGUGGACUGAAGGGGCACAUGAAGCACCAUGGUGUGGUAACCAAAACAGCACGUCCACCAGCCCGGAGUAGUCGUUCCUCCGCUGACCAACUUCCUUCCUCUACAUCUAUGACUUCCUUGAAUAUUCCUGCAACCAGGAGCUCAGCAGGCUUCUGGAACCAGUACCAAGCCUUCCUCAACACCAGUAACGAGUCAACUGAUGACCCAACCGCUGGCAGCCAAGUAGAGAAUGAGUCGGCACGGUCCGCAAAAUCCCAGAUGGAUCAGAGAGCCGCUGAGGAAGCUGAGGAAGAGUCUAGUGAAGGUUCAUAACUCGAGUCAGCGUGAUUGGCUGCAUAACGUUCUGGUGUUUUCAAUCAAUGUUUACCUUUUGGUGAAACUGUAUGAACAGUUGCGUAGUACUGCUUCCUUAACACAUUUCAAAGUAGCCUGUCAGUUUGAUAGUCAGAGUAAUAUGUUUGUAUGUCAAAGUUGUGAGUCAAUCAGCUUGGUCUUGUUGUGUUAAAAAAAAAAAAAAAAAAAAAAGAGACAGCUAAUGUACAAAUAUAGAUGAAAAUAUUCAAGAAGUAAAGUCCAGCUUUUUGCUGGAUUUGAUAAAAAGUGACACUACCUUUGUCUGGCUGAAGUUGUUAAUAGUUUGAUGAACAUUCUAACAAAAAAAGAGUAUCCCUGUUGUAUCAAUGUUUCAUAUCAGACCUGGGUCAAAUAAUUAUGAGUUUUUUUGUUGUUUUAAAAAAAAAAAAAGGUAUUAUUAGCUAAUUAGUGGGUCACAGGAUAGUACACUAAAAGAAUAGUUUAAAAUAAUUGUAUGUCAGUAUGUAAACAUUUCGGUACUCGUGUUGUGCCAUGUACCAAAUCUGAUCCAACUGGCACCAAAGGAGGCUCCAGCUAACCAAAAUUUUAUUUCUUUAAUGCUUCCCGACCUAGGUCUGUUUCAUAUCUAAAAGAUUCUUUCCUUCAGUCACAGAGGGAUCUGAUAUAAAUGAGGAAACUAGAUAAGCAAAGUUUUGCUUGGCGAAAGCACACAAGGACAACAAACUGAAUGUGUUUCUGUGGGGAAUAUGACGUCUUUUGUCCCCCAUCUUGUGGUUCAGUCGGAUAAACUACUCACUCAUGUCGUUGUGAUUUACUUUUCACUAUAUUGUCCUGUCAAACCAGAAGCACAGCUGCAGUGUUUGUGAACCCAGUGAGGACAUGGUCUUGUGUGUGACCUUUGACCUUCAGCUUUGUGAAUAUUAUGAUUGUUGUUUGGUCCAAAAGUAAUAUCUGUAACACUUUUUCAGUUACUAAAACUUUAAGUUGCUAUAUAUAUCAGAAGUCUAUGUCUGUUUGUUGUAAGCUGUACUUUCAGUAUCUCCAUAUUAAAAAGCAAUUUGGGAAAAAAAAA